AUGGCCUAUUACGCCUUAAGCAAAACAAUAAUACAUACUUUUUUACACUAUGUGGAAUGUGUGUACAUUGUACAGUUGUGGUGUCUGUACAUUUUUUAUCUGAGUUUUCCCUUCAGACAUUCAAUUUUUAACUUCACCGAUUAUUAUAUUUUGUGUUGCAGUGUGUUUGAUUUACUGAACAUCCAUCUCUUCCAUGAUGCUUCAAACUUAGUCUCCAUUGAGUUAACUCCAUCUGUGUACAGUAAAAAUCGCAAGAGAGCUCUUGACCAUGUUUUAGACAGAUUACAUGAGAGUUCUAUUCCUUUGGUUCCUUACAUGCUAUUUGGUGACUUCAACUUUAGACUUGACAAUAAGAGAGUAGUGGAGUCUCUCUGUGCUGGGUUACCACAACAGCAUAUCAGAAAGGAUGGUGAGAGCACUCCUUCAAAGAUCAUAUUCAGAGAUAGAAAGAAGGCUGACAAGAUUUUCCUUACACUGGAACCUCGCAUUUUCAAGUUUCAUGACCAAAGUAUCUUCAGAAACCACAAUGGAAAGAAGUUUUCAAAGUACAACAGAGAGUUUGAUUCUUUCAUGGACAGAUUGUUUGAGUUCGAUAUUUCAUUUUGUCCAAGCUAUCCUUUCAGUGAAAAUAUCAAGGAAACAACAGUUUAUGGAGACUCAAGGUGCCCAUCAUGGUGCGACAGAAUCUUUUUGAGUCAUUCUAGCAGAGCAAUAAUAGACCAGAAGAAAGGACCUGCGGUGACUUACGACAUGAUUGGUAAACAAGCCUGUAUGGGAGACCACAAGCCUAUAUUUUUGUAUUUUAACAUGGAUUCAUCUCAAGAUCCUUUUUCUCAAGCUCGACUCAUAAAAAACAGUGGACCCCUUGAAGUUGUCGAGUAUCUAACAAGUGUUUGAGAGUAGAAUCUUUUAACUGUUUCAGUGGUGACUUCUACAGACAACUUCUAUAGACAAGCUACCGUUUACGGUACAAACUGGGAGACUGUGAUAAUACAUGAGGGUGAUUAGUGUCUAUAUUCUGUGUCGGUUUGACGAGACAUAAGGUGGUGAUCUAUUUAACCGGUAUCCGGGCUGAAAGGUUAACAGUGCUGUGGCAGCGAAGAAUCCACAGUCUCCGAUAUUGUUACAAUAAUAAUUUAUACUUAUAUGUACGUUAGGUUAACAGAGUAGUAGUGUACAAAAUAAUUGUUGAAUCAUUCUAAAGUACGUAAGUUCCAGAUGAAAAUUAAUUAUAAGCAAUGGGUUACUCAUACGAACAAACAACGUAAAAGUUGAUUUAAUGUACUGUAUGUCCAAAUAUUGUUUCUAGAAACUUGUUUAAGCGUAAAGGGGGCUUUGUUUCGUCGUCUUAUUAGGUCAUUUCUAGGUUGUCUUUUCUUUUUUUUCAACAUGGGGCAUGCUGACAAACGUUUCAAUCUAAAAAAAAUCUUGUUUUUCGGAUUUAUUUUCAUGCAUAUGAAAGCAGUUUUUUCAAACGUUGUGCUUUAUAGAACAUUUAGCAAGUUGAUAAACUUCAUGUAAAAACCUCAACCAAUAGUUUCGCGAAACACCAUGUAAGAGGCAGCUCAACGAUUCAGAUACCAUAGGUGUCGCUGUUGUUUGGAUAAUGAUUGACCCAUUAAGUUUGAUGUCACGUCUGUCAAAAGUGAGGUGAGCUUAGUGAUGUUAAGCUCGUGGUAAUACAAGUAAUAUAAACAAGAUGAUUUUUUAGACUCGGUUCAUGCGAGCUCAAAGAUAUUUAAUAGUGAGGUGUAUAGUUAUUUUAAUUAACCUAUAAACAAAAUUAUAUAUGUAUAUGACAUUACACUGAUUAGGUUAUAAUUGAAUCGGGAAUUGGAUUAAAUAAUGAUUUGUUAUGAGGCUUUAGUCCGGUCAAUCGGAUUCCAAAGAUUAAAAACUAUAUAUAUUGGCUUUUUUGUAUUCUUUAUAUUUACGAUGUACAAUCUGGUAAUUUUAACAUCCUGUAGUUUUCAGAUUAUCAAGAGCCUCGUUUUAGCAUUUAUUGAGGCUGUUUUUCAGUUAAUUUUUUUCUUGGACCUAUAACCGGUGUACGACCGGGAACAGGCUAGGCUAGGCUUGGGAGCGUAUGUGUAACGCGUACAAUACGCUUGACUUCAAGAGUAGGUUUUAGGUUGCCAAGUUGAUUGUGAAGUUUCGGAGUUGAUUUACUUUAAGGAUCUGGGCUUAAACAUUAAAAAGUUCAUUUGUAA